AUGUCACCCGCAUUGAACGGCACACGGAUGUCACUGCCCGUAUCGAUGGCCCAGGAUGAUGAGCAAGGCAUGUUGGGCUUCUUCCACACUCUGGAACGGUUGAAGGUACGUCCAGGGGAGCCACUCGCCGAACCGAGUCGAACAGACCGACAUCCGGGGAGCUGAUCAUCCACGUCACCCCUGCCUGGACGGACAACAGACCAACAAGAGGACAGGAUGGGUCAACAACAACGUACAACUACCCGAGUCGAUCGCCGAUCACAUGUACAGGUACGUCCGCCGAGUCGUCUUGCGAUUUGACUCCUUUCGCAACACACCUUCGGAUCACAGCUGACUUGUCUUUUCCCGGUCGCAAUGGCACAGGAUGUCCAUGAUGGCUUUGGUCCUGCCCCCUCCGACGAAUGGUGAACCUCCUUUGGAUAUCGCGAGGUACGAAGACAUGCAUCUUCAACUCAAGAGCUCUCCGUCGCCGCUUUGCCGAUCCCCUUCGGCGAUUAGAACGAGGCGCUUCACCGCUUCACUCAACUCGGACCCUCGUUCGGAAGCUAUCCGAUCUUCCCCUCGACCGAUCACUGAUCCCGAGCCUGUGCUCGUUCUCUUCUCUUAAUCAGAUGCGUGAUGAUGUCUUUGAUCCACGAUUUGGCCGAAGCCGAUGUCGGUGACAUCACACCCGAACAUGCGAGUGGUAUUUCGAGGGAGCAGAAGCAUCUCAUGGAGCAGGUCAGUGCUCGGCUCAAAGUCUGAACCCACGUUACCCUCGACCAAAUUUGACUCAACCAGACCUUUAUCUUCCAAAGGCCGCUAUGGAACGGAUCAAAGGUCUGUUGGGCCACCCUUCGAUCGCUUCGUUGAGGGUCGAGUCGCUGUGGCGAGAGUACGAGGAUCGCCAAACGCCCGAGGCCAAGUUCGUCAAGGAUUUGGACCAGUUCGAAUUGGCCGUUCAGGGGGUCGAAUACGAGAAGGGUAAGAAACAUUUGUGUAUAAAUUGGAAUUGGGAGGAGGACUGAAUGAUGAUCGUCCUUCACUUGGUGUCGAAAAUCACAGCUCAAGGAAUUCAGUCCAUUCAGGCUUUUUUCGAUUCGACCGUACCCAGGAUUCUUCACCCGACCGUCAAGCAAUGGGUCAAGGAAUUGUGAAUAUUCAUUUUACACAGCCAUUCGAAUCAUCUGCUGACCUGAAUCCUUUUUGCCCCCGCAGGAUGGAGCAAAGACGAGCCCUGUGGGCGUCUAGAGGGUGGGAAGGCUACGUCCACGUCGACGUCGCACCGGAUGCACCCGCAACGUCGACAAGUACCCAAUCAACCGCUUCAACACUCAUACUCAACGGCCACAUCGAGGAAAAGUCUUCCGCUCGAACUACUUUCACUCAACGAGUAUGGGGUGAACAUCGGUCGGACGACACCGGGCCCCCAGAUUCGUCAAGUCAGGAAGUUGGGGCUGAGGCUUGA